AUGCAGACGAUUUCUGCAGAGGCGCGAGAUGCGCGUGCAGAGGGCAGCAGGGCGCACGGGGCGCACAGGGCACCAGGGCAGAAGGGUGCGCGGGGCGCGCAGGACAACAGGGCGCGCGUGGCGCGCAGUGCUGCAGGGCGCGCGGGCGCACAGGGCAGCAGGGCAGCAGGGCGCGCGGGGCGCACAGGGCCGCAGGGCGCGCGUGGCGCGCAGGGCUGCAGGGCGCGCGGGGCGCGCAGGGCUGCAGGGCGCGCGGGGCGCGCAGGGCAGCAGGACAGCAGGGCGCGCGGGGCGCGCAGGACAGCAGGGCGCGUGGGGCGUGCAGGGCUGCAGGGCGUGCGGGGCGCACAGGGCAGCAGGGCGCGGGGGGCGCACAGGGUUGCAGGACAGCAGGGCGUGCGGGGCGCACAGGGCUGCAGGGCGCGCGGGGCGCACAGGGCAGCAGGGCAGCAGGGCACGCGGGGCGCACAGGGCUGCAGGGCAGCAGGGCACGCGGGGCGAACAAGGCUGAAGGGCAGCAGGGCGCGCGGGGCGCACAGGGCUGCAGGGCGCGCGGGGCGCGGCGCGCGGGGCGCGCAGGGCUGCAAGGUGCACGGGGCGCACAGGGCAGCAGGGCAGCAGGGCACGUGGGGCGCACAGGGCUGCAGGGCAGCAGGGCGCGCGGGGCAAACAGGGCUGCAGGGCAGCAGGGCGCGCGGGGCGCACAGGGCAGCAGGGCAGCAGGGCGCGCGGGGCGCACAGGGCCGCAGGGUGCGCGGGGCGCGCAGGACAGCAGGGCGCGCGUGGCGCGCAGGGCUGCAGGGCGCGCGGUGUGCGCAGGGCAGCAGGACAGCAGGGCGUGCGGGGCGCGCGGGGCGCGCAGGGCUGCAGGGCGCGCGGGGCGCACAGGGCAGCAGGGCAGCAGGGCGCGCAGGGCGCACAGGGCUGCAGGACAGCAGGGCGCGCGGGGCGCAUAGGGCAGCAGGGCAGCAGGGCACGUGGGGCGCACAGGGCUGCAGGGCAGCAGGGCACGCGGGGCGAACAGGGCUGAAGGGCAGCAGGGCGCGCGGGGCGCACAGGGCUGCAGGGCGUGCGGGGCGCACAGGACAGCAGGGCGCGCGUGGCGCACAGGGCUGCAGGGCGCGCAAGGCGUGCAGGGCAGCAGGACAGCAGGGCGCGCGGGGCGCGCAGGGCUGCAGGGCGCACGGGGCGCACAGGGCAGCAGGGCAGCAGGGCACGCGGGGCGCACAGGGCUGCAGGGCACGCGGGGAGCACAGGGCUGCAGGGCAGCAGGGCGCGCGGGGCGAACAUGGCUGCAGGGCACCGGGGCGCGCGGGGCGCACAGGGCAGCAGGGCGCGCAGGGCUGCAGGACGCGCGGGGCGCGCAGGACUGCAGGGCGCACGGGGCGCACAGGGCAGCAGGGCAGCAGGGCACGCGGGGCGCACAGGGCAGCAGGGCAGCAGGGCGCGCGGGGCGCACAGGGCUGCAGAUCCCCUCCCCCCACUGCUGCACUCGCAGCAGAGGGAUGGAGGAAAAGGGGGGGGGGGGGGAGAGGGGCUGGUGCUGCAGAUUCCUUCCAGCCACCCCUUGAACCUCCAAGAUCCCGCCACCCCCAUACUCCCCCCCGCAGCAGGGGGAUGGAGGAGAAAGGGGGGGGGGGGGGGGGGGGGGGGGGGGGGGGGGGGCUGGUGCUGCAGAUCCCUUCCCCACCACUGCUGCACCCACAGCAGGGGAAUGGAGGAGAAGAGGGGGCGGGGGGGGGCUGCAGGGAGAGGGAGAACGAAGUUGGGGGGGGGGGGGGGGGGGGGUCCUCGGGCGACGAGGCAAGGGGCGACGAGGCCGCGGGCGACAGGUCCUCGGGCGACGUGGCCGCGGGAGACAAAACCACAGACGACGGCGCCUUUGGCGACAAGGCCGGGGCCUAG